AAUAUAAAAAAAAUAUUUUUAAUAUAAAUACUACUAAUAACUGUAUAAUACUAUAUGCAUAGUAAUAAUUAGAUAAUUUUUGUUAAAUAAAUUUUUUUUUGAUUUAAUUUUAAUAAAUAUAUAUAUAAUGUUUGUGUCAUCACUAUUGACGCUUAGUUAUUGCUGGCUAUGUUGGCUGCAUACCUGUGCCGCAUACCUGCAAACACAACCGGAACAAAUUCAUUUAUCCUAUGGAGUUGGUCCGACACAGAUGAUAGUAACCUGGGUUACAAUGGAUCCGACGCCCGACUCGCAGUGCGAGUUCGGUCAACUGCCCACCCGAUUAACAUCGGUGGCCAAAGGCUACGCCAAUCGGUUUGUCGACGGCGGCAGCGAACAGCGGGUCCUGUUUAUUCAUCGGGUAGUGUUGGACAAUCUGGCGGCCGGUCAGAUGUACUUCUAUCAUUGCGGCAGCGAUACUGGCGGAUGGAGUAGUGUCUACUGGUUUUCGGCAAUGAAAUCGGGUACCAAUUGGAGUCCAAAGUUUGCCGUCAUUGGCGACCUGGGCAAUGUCAAUGGCAUAUCGGUGCCAUAUAUUCAAAAAGCCAUAUCUAAAGGACAAUACGAUGCUGUACUGCACAUAGGUGACUUUGCCUACGAUAUGGAUUCUGACAAUGCCAGGGUUGGCGACGAUUAUAUGAGACAAAUGGAACCGGUAGCUGCGUAUGUGCCAUACAUGACGGUAGUUGGCAAUCAUGAGGCCGCAUACAAUUUUUCCAACUAUGAAAAUCGGUUUACAAUGAUUGACCAUCGGUCGGGCCAAUUGAACAAUCAUUUCUAUAGUUUCGAUGUCGGACCCAUACAUUUCAUAGGGUUUUCCUCAGAAUAUUACUAUUAUGUUGAGUACGGCUGGAAUCAGAUCAAAGUCCAGUACGAAUGGCUGGAAAACGAUCUGAAAGAGGCCACCAAACCCGAGAAUCGGGCACUGAGACCAUGGAUUAUAACUAUGGCUCACCGGCCCAUGUAUUGUAGUACCGAUGAUAGCGAUGACUGUACACAUAAGGAAAGUAUUAUACGAAAAGGUCUGCCAAUAGUCAAAGAGUACGGUCUGGAGGAUCUGUUCUACAACUAUGGUGUCGACAUCGAAAUCUGGGCCCACGAACACAUCUACGAGCGUAUGUGGCCGGUCUACGACCGACACGUCUACAAUGGUAGCCAUGACCAGCCCUAUACAAAUCCGAAAGCACCCGUCCAUUUCAUAUCAGGAUCGGCCGGCUGCCAGGAAGACAUCGACCCGUUUGUCCCGAACCCGGCCCCGUGGAGUGCCGUACGUAUACGUGACUACGGCUAUACGGAAAUGACUGUCUAUAACAAUACGCACAUUGAUUUCGUACAGAUUUCAACCGAUAAGGGAGGCGCUGUUGUCGAUAAAUUUACGGUAAUUAAGGAAAUACACGGUCCGGAAGCCUGGCUAUGAUUAGUAGGAGGGGGGGUUGUGAACAGUCAUUUAUAAAAAAAAAAUUUUCAAAUUAAAACUAUUAUAAUAUUACUGUGAAUAAAAUAU